AUUGUGAACGCGAUCGCGUUAAGUUCCUCCUCUCCAUACAAACGAAUUGCCGUUACUAAUCUUAGUGGUGGUCGCGCUAAUCGAUCUUUCGAAUUUCGUAAACAAUCAUUAUUUUGUGUAAUGAUGAGUGUGUGUGUGUGUGUGCAUAGAAAAACCCAUUAGAGCGGCAUUGAGGGCUGCAGCUAAAUUGUGUUGAAGCUCCAAGCAUAAUGGCAGGUUGCAAAGCCAUUGGCCAUGUGAUGGGCCGGUCCAUAGAAAAGGCCAUAAAUGAAAAAUAUGAAAAAAAUGUGAAAUGAAAGUGAACGCACCAUAGGCAGUGUUUGCUGUGUGAGAGAAAAAAUUCAAAAAAAAAAAAAAAAUCAACAUAAAAAUCUAAUCUUGUCAAAUGAAAUUUUUGUCACACAAAAACUUACCAGAAAAAAAAACGGAAAGAAAGGAGUGUUGUUCCCUAAUGAAAUUUUAAUUGAAUGUUUUAUUUAUUAUUGCGUUUCUGUUGUGUUGUUUGUAAAUAUUAAAACAAAAAUCAACAAAACCUUUUAUUGUGUGAAAGUCAUAAAAGAAAAGUCAAAUGGCAGACUAUAAAUAAACCCCCAGCCAUAGUAAAUUUCAAAAAAAAAAAUCGCUGUGUUGCUGGAUUCAAUUUUGGCAUAUCACAAUCAUAGACAACACAAAAGUUGCUUCUUCAGUCUUUUUUUGGUUUUAUUGGAACAAUAACACAAAAAUGUCUCCACAAAGUGGCCGAAUUGUAAAUGGUGGGUUUGACAACCCUAACCCCUGCAGAAGCAACCACAACAACUGCAACAACAAAUGCAACACCAUAGAACGUGAUUUGUUUACAGACACUUGCUGCCACCAUGUUGGAUCACAAUCACAGGGAGCAGGACAACAACACUGCCAAUAUGGCCAACAAAAAACACAAAGUGUUGCCAAUAGAAAUUUUGGCCAAUGCUAAAGUGGAAAAUAGCCAUCAUUACACACCGCAACAAAAGAAAGAGGCAAAGUCAAGCCCACAAAAGUCCAAUAAAACCAAAACCAUAUUGUCUUGGUUGAAAAAUAGUACAGGCAACAGCAGCAACAACCAAACGAAUGCCAACCACUUUGCAACAGCCGCUGCAAAACAACGUAGUACAGCAAGCAACAACGAUAUUAAUUCAUGUCAACGACAUAAUCAAUUGUCCAAAGUCAACGAGCCACAGUCUCAGCAGCAACCUGUCACAGAUUCCUGCGAGACUUGCCGCCACCGCACUGCUGAAACAUUGCCAAAGGCAUGCGCGACUGACGGGUGUACGUGCCCAUUACUGAAGCAUUCAAGACAUUACGCUCAACACCAUAAGACUUUAAUUGCCUGCUCACCUCCUGCCGCCUCAGCUGGUGCUCCACCUCUAUCGCCUGCCCUGCUGGCGCGUCGUCUGCAGCACAAAGACGAAACGUUACGUGAAUUUCGUGGUGUGCAAACCUUACGCCAUCUGUGGAACAGACGCAUCACUGCCAACAAGGAAUCGGCGUUGAAAGCCAAAAUUUACAAGCAACAGAAAAACUUUAGCAAGUCGCAAAAUUGUUUGCUAAUCUCAGGCAGUGAGGCAGAACCUCUGGCAGACUCUGUGACAAGAUCGAAGCCAAGUGAAGGUUUCUCCUCUGGCCGCCAGGUGAGAGCUCAAAGUCUGCACGAUUGUUCCCUGAAGACGCCGGUGAGUGAGAUUGAAGUCUUCGAUUUGAGUGAGCUGGAAAUACAAAAGCAUUUGGAAAAGGACAAUUUCUACAAAUACAAGACCGCCGAACAGGCUUCCAAACUGCGGGAGUUAAGCGAGCAGCAUUUGGCUGCUAGAAGAUUUAGCGCUGGUCUGCUAUUGCAGACCACGGAACGUUUGGCUUGGCUUAAGAGAGCCGAAAUGUUGGGCAGAAGUAAGACAGAGGAUAAAUUAGAUAACAUGACCAUAAUGCAGCAGGAGAAGCAUAGCCGCCAAAGCUGCAUAGUGAGUGAACCUGUCGAUAUGGUCAUCAAUGACAACGAAGACUCUCCUAGGCCUCCCCAUACUCUACCACCACCUUUGCCAAUGUCUGAGCUACCAAGUGAAGCUUUGCCUAGGGCUAGCAGCCAAGACGACUUCCAGGGUCUUUGCCAAAACACAACCUCUCUACGUUCCUCCUCCGCCACCAACUGCAGCAUAGAGUCUUCAGCUAAACUCAAUAGACGGGAUUCACUACUCCACAGCGAUGAUGGUGUGGUCAGUCGUAACUCAUCCACCACCUCGUUAGCCAACAGCUCUGGCCGUGCCGCAGUACGCAAGAAUUCCUCUAAGCGUAGUUGCAGUUUCAAGAUACACGCUCGCUCGAAUCAUGCCCGCCGCAAAAUGCUUACCACCAGCAAAGAAAAUUCCAUACAAAGCAGCAUGGUGGCCAAGCUUACGCAGCAAUUCAAUGAAAUCAUCAUCAAUGAUGCCACACUGCUGGAGGAGCUCAAACGCAAGAAUGGAGUGCUAAUGACGCACAAGGGCCAUGUCUACAAGGUGGUGGACACUUCCAAGCAUACAGCGCUUACGAAAACCUCCUCCUUGGGUAAGGCAACAAACACUGGCAAUGAUUCCGCCGUACAAAAGACCAUAAAGAUAUUCGAAAAUGUUUCAAGGGCUUCAGCUAAGCCCAAAAUCCCCCUAAAGACUCCCAGGGUGCUGGAGAAGAGCAAUGAAUUGGUAACCACCAUAGAGGGCAAGGCCAUACAUCCCUCACGCCUGAAAGCGGUGCCCUCUGCUAAACAAGCAACAAUGGAAGCAAGAAAGGAUAUGAAGGCCAUAGCAGCACACAAUUUGAGUUUGGCUCUCACCACACUGGAAAUGGUGAAGGAGGAAAGCAAGACACCUCUGGAGCAAAAUGAUUUUGUCGCAGGCAUUGAGGCCAAACAGCAAAAGGCUUCAGACUUGGCUGCAUUAGAGACCUGGGAAAAUCCUGAGCAGUUGGAUGCUAGCGAGAAAUCCCAGACUCCCAAGCAUAAUAGUCCGGUAAUUCGGCCAAAAACCAAAGGUCUAAUAUCGCAAACAUCCAUAAAUUCACAGGAUAAUAUCAUCCCUUGCCCCAUAGAUGCUGGGCCGGCUCAAGAAAUCCAGGUCAAGACCUCCAAAGUGUAUCGUAAAGUUUCGCGCAAAUCUUCCUUGGUACUUCCGGAUGCUAAUCGCGACAUACUACUCUAUAUCAACAAAGAUAGCAAGUCAAAGCAUGGAACCCUGGAACGUAUGAAACAAUCCAAGUCUGUGCCACCAGAAUCCACGGAGUUUUCACCCACCAACGUGGAUAAAAGCUGCACAGAGCUCUCCUCAACCCUUGAACACGCUGCACCUAAGUCAGACAGGAGCAAAAACGCCAAGGUUAACACCUUGCCCUACAAACCAACCGACUUGCAAAUCGAAUUGGCCAAAGAGGUGAGGGAGAAGUUGAAUACCCUGCCCAGAUUUGCCAACGCUAGCAGGGCACUGAUCGACCAUGAAAUACAAGUGGAGGAGCCCCAGGAAAGCCCUGGCAAAGAGAAGAUCUCAAGCUCUGACGAACUUGCCUGUCAAAGGGAAGAUAAUAGAAAGACGAAAAAUAAAACUUCCAAAUUCUAUGAGAAAAUUAAUUUUUUCUCUCUCUCAAGGCGUAGUAAGUCCAAAACAAGCCUAACCCUAGCCUCACUGCCAACGACAAGUCCCGGCAACAACGAAAUUCCGCAAAAUCAGGAACUCAAAGUUGCCACCUUAAAAGGCGACUCAGAACUGGGGGUAAAUCCAUUGCCCCAUUACACACCCAUGAGUUCACCCAUGGCCAAACAACGAAGUUUAGCAGGGGAGGUGGAAUAUUCUCCUAUGAUAGCCCCAGAAGCCUCAGCCCUCAUGGAGGCCUAUCAAAAGGUCCAAGAAAAAAUAGAAAAUCUCAGCCAUAAGCAGGAGCAGCCACGGCAAGGUGAGGAAUCGAAGCAAUCGGAAGAGCCUGAGGUUAGCUUGAAUUCUCCCAAACUUGCUGCUGACUCCGAUGAUUAUGGACAACAUCUCAAACCCAACUCAUCGUUCAUACAUCAAAGCUAUAGCAGUGUGCUGCCCCAACCAGCCCAACUUAUACAGGCGGUCAAUGUGACCCUAGUCAAUGCCAUUGAGGGUGAACAAAUGAUAAUGGAGCAAAAGGAAAUACAACAAAUUGCCGCCGAAACUAAGGAGCAAGCCAUCACAAACACGAACGAAGAGCCCCUAUAUGAGCCCAUAGCCUUUGACGAUGGCUCCAUUACAAUGCAGGAAGAGACUGACACAGCAUUAUGCAACGAACAUGUUAAGGCAACACCUCAGCCUCUGGCUCAGGAGGAGGAUAUCUAUCAGUCUGUGGAUGAACUGGUCAAAGAGGUGUACGAGAAAACAACCUUAAAUGAAAACCAACAACCGCAAGACAAGCCCCCUGUCCCAGCUCAAUCUCUGCUGGAUGACUAUGAGAUAAUAGGCACACCUCCUCAAGAUCACAGUCCUCACAGCACUCCCUUCUUUGAUGGCUAUGAGGAAUAUGCUCCCUCCUUGGUGGAAACCAUUACCAGCAAUACUCAAAUCAAUACCUUCACCUUGGUUAUGCGUAAAACCACCGAUGAAUUGCCCGACUUACCAAAGCCCAAACGCAUACUACCCAAAUCUCCCAUGCCCCCUAGGAAAAUGCUCUCCAAAACUUUGGAGAUCAAUCAUUAUCAGUGUCCUAAGCCACCAUCUCAUUAUUACCCCGAUGUGGAGGAGAAUAUCUAUGAUACCAUCAAGGGUUCCGAUUGUUACGAAACUGUCGUACAUCAUCCUACAAUCGGCCAUAAAUUGGAAAAAUCAUCAUCAUCAUCGAAUUCUACCAAAAAUUGCGACACCAUAUCCAAUUGCUAUGAAAGUAUUUCGCAUUAUAAAAACACACGUCCCCCCAGUCAUCAUAGCAGCAGUAGUCAUGGCUCCAAUCUAACCAUUUCAUCGGAAAAUCGUACCAAUAGCCUCUAUGAAGAUUCUUUGGCCACAACAUCGCGCUAUGGCUCGAAACGCAUGUAUCGUCGCCACACAGAGGCUCAUAUUAAAAUGCCUGAUGAGCUUUUGGCAAAGCUCAAUGGCACUCACAACAACAGUACCAACAACAGCAGUAGCGUUAGCAGCACCUAUAAUUCCUCGUUGGGUGGCAGGGCCAGUGAUAUAAGCGAUGAGUGGACCGACAUAAGUGACAAUGAGCAUGAUGGAGAAGAUGUAAAGCCCCAGUUUCAAAUUGUCUGCGAAAAGGCCCACAAAAGUCCCGAUUGGUCAAGGCGUGUACGUGACAAACGUCUGCAUCAUCAACGAAAGUCAAGGAGCUACAUUGAAGAUGAUGAUCCCGAUCAUCAUUAUGAACAACUUUCACCUGGCUCACUUAGCAAACGUCAUUCGCUGGCCUUGCAGGAGCGUAGCGGUAGUCUACAGCGCAAUCAAAAUAUGGUGCGGGUGUCCAAGCGCGGCAAACAAAUCUCCUACUCAGCUCAUGCCUUGGGUCAAGAUAUUUCUGAUGAUUCUUUUGAUUCCGAUACCGAUGAUUACUACGAGCACGAACAUCAGGCCCACAAUGACAGCGGUGUAGAUAUACGAACCUCCAAGUUACCCGAGCCUCCAGCCUCAUCGAACCAAAUGUAUUCGUUUGUGAAGAAAUUCAAGAAUUUCCUAGCCAAAAAAUCCCCCAAUAACUCAAAGCAUGGUGGUAGUCAAAUGAAGAUAGACGAUAGCAGUUCACAAUUCUAUGUAAACACAAAUGCCCCCAUGGUGGGUAGUGAAGUGAAUGGUGAACAACAAGGCAACAAAACACCCACAUCACUGCAGGUGGCUCAGACCAAAGAAUUAAGCACAUCGGAAAAGAAUCUAAUCAUGGCCCAAAGUAAUGUCACCAAAGCAGAACAAAUGAAUGCGGCCACCACACCGCGUAAACCCAAAGCGGGCAAGAGUUUACGGCAUCGCCUACGCAAGAGUCUGGUGGGCUUUGAUAGCAAACAAUUGGCCCCUCUGACGCCCACACGCAGUACCUUCUAUUUGGAGGAACCCCAUCAAGCCGAUGGAGAUAUGAAUGGCCAAAUGGAUUCCGGCUUCUCGGAGAAAGUCACCUCCACCGAGGCUUCAUCCAACACCGCUGAUAGUCAGAAGUUUUUGACUACUCGUAAAUCCAAAAAAGAAUCCAAGUCAAUGGCUAGCUCACAGAGAAGACGCACCACCAUUGGCAUAAGACCCAUAGAGCCACCACCGCCACCUCCGGAUAAUGGGGGCAGUGGGAAACGACAAAGCAAUACCUCCUGGUAUGCAGAAUGUGGUGUCUUUAAAAAUGGCACCACCAAUCUGGUGCACGAUGAUACCCAGCUGAUGAAUGGACAAAAUGAGAACUCCAACAAUACCACCAGCGGCACGUCAUGGUAUGAAGAAGCUGGCCUUUAUCAGACCAGUGGCAUAUCUGUAGCCAGUUCUAGUGGUAGUUCGGGUGUAUCAACCAGCAAUGAAGCCAGUCCUGCUGAUGAAAUGGCCCAUGGUCUGUUUAGCAAUGAACCUUUGUAUCAAAUCUACAGUGCGGCCAAACUGGAAGCCAUUUCUCGAGAUAUGCAUGAUGAAAGCUCUACAGAUGGCUAUGAGGAAAUUGGUGAUCGUCGUAGAAACACGCAAGGAGAUGGCCAGGAGAGUAAUCGUAAAUCUACAAGACCCACUGCAUUACAGCUGGUGGAGCCAAAGAGUGGACCGGAGAGAACUUUGUGGAGUCAAAUACCCGAAGUUGUAAAUUCCAUGAUAUUACCUACCCUUACGCCACGUGAGCGCUCGCUGAUGGAGGCCAAAUUUGAGAUUAUCACCUCGGAGGCCAGUUAUCUGAAGUCUUUGAAUCUAUUGCGCAAUCAUUAUAUGAACCAUCCCGUGUUCCGUGAUCAGCAUUUAGUCAACUCAAGGGAUCGCAAAGCCCUAUUUGCCCACAUUGUACCCGUACAUGAAUGCUCAGAACGUCUACUCUCCGAACUGGAAUCCUGCUGGCAGGAUAACAUAAUGCUAAUUGGUCUUAGCAAACGUAUAUAUGCCAUAGCCGAGAAAUAUUUCCAUGUCUAUAUAGGAUUUUGCGAACACCAGGGACGCAUGGAUCGCACCCUGAAACAGCUGAGGGCCAGCAAGGGCUUAUUCUCACAAAAUUUGGAAUUACUCGAAUCAAGUCCUUUGUGUUGUGGCUUGAAUCUCCAUUCAUUUUUGAUGUUACCCAUGCAAAGAAUCACCCGCUUACCCCUACUCAUUGAUGCCGUGUUCAGCAAAUGCCAUCCCAAUGAUGAUGAAUAUGAGAAUUGGAAAAUGUGUUUGGCCAUUAUGAAUAAAAUCGUCACCCAAUGCAAUGAGGCGGCCACCAAGAGUGAUCAGUCCUAUGAGAUUGAGAAGAUAUCGAGACAAUUGGAAUUUAAUCCCUCAGUGAUACGACCACUGGCCAUAGCUCCGGCUGGUGUCAUGGCUCCAGGCACUAAACCCCGCUUCUUGGUAAAGAAGGGCGAGUUUACCCAUUUGAUAUGGCGCGGUGAUGAUGCCAAAUUGACAUUUGGCAAAAAGUUUAGCAAAGUCACCAUCUAUGCGUUUCUCUUCUCGGAUUUGUUGGUAUUGACCAAACGCAAGGGUGAGGAACAGUUUUCGGUCUUUGACUAUUGUCCACGCAAUAUGUUGACAAUAACAUCAGGUGAUUCACUGCCACAAGUUCCAACCAAAGAUUUGAAUAGUCAAACCAGCAAAAAUCUAAUACUGAUGACCCUGCUGGAGAAUCAUCAACGCAAGACUAGUGAAUUGCUUUUGUCAUGUCCUUCAGUAUCCGAGCAAGAGCGCUGGCUACAAGCCAUGCGGCCCCCCGAAUCCGAGACGCCUGGCGAGAAAUUAUACGAGCAAUGGGAUUGCCCACAAGUUAUAGCCAAACAUUCCUAUGAAAAUAAUGAGCCCGAUGGUCUCUCCUUGGAAGUGGGAGAUGUGGUCAAUGUUACUAGGAAAUUGCCAGAUGGUUGGUAUCAGGGAGAACGCAUACGUGAUGGUGCUAUUGGUUGGUUCCCUGGCGACUAUACCGAAGAAGUUAAUUCAGCUCAUGUUCGUGCCCGUAAUCUCAAGUUAAGACAUCGUCUACUCACAUUUACCGCCACCUAUCUUGAGUCGCAAAAACGCAAUAAAUGAUCGAGGAUGAAAAAAAUGUGGUCCAGCAAAAAACACAUGGAUCUAGCUCUCCAAAAUGUAGUAUGAUAAUAACAUAUCUAGAAUACGAAACUAAUAUGUGUGUGUAUAGUGUAAAUGAAAUGAAAAUAAUUUAACAUAGACUAUAAGUUAAUGUUGUAAGCGAACCAAAAUUAAUUAUAUAAUAUUUAUAAAACUUUAAUUU